UCCUGCAGCAGCCACCCCUUUCCUGUCUGUCUCCUUCUCUCCCUUCCUAAAGCAGCCUGCCAGCAAGCCAGCAUGCCCCCAAAGAAGCCUGAACCUAAGAAGGCUGAACCUAAGAAGGAAGAGCCCAAACCAGCACCUAAACCAGCAGAACCAGAACCCAAAAAAGAAGUUGAAUUUAACCCAGCUUCUAUCAAAGUUGAAUUCACCCCUGAUCAGAUCGAAGAAUUUAAGGAAGCCUUCUCACUCUUUGACCGGACUCCCAAAUCUGAGAUGAAAAUCACAUAUGCACAGUGCGGAGAUGUCUUGAGAGCUUUGGGGCAGAAUCCAACCCAGGCAGAGGUCAUGAAAGUUCUUGGCAGACCCAAACCAGAAGACAUGAACUCCAAGAUGAUUGACUUUGAAACCUUCCUGCCCAUGCUCCAGCAUAUUGCCAAGACGAAAGACACAGGCACCUAUGAGGACUUUGUGGAAGGUCUGCGUGUGUUCGACAAGGAGGGAAAUGGAACAGUGAUGGGGGCUGAACUCCGCCACGUUUUGGCUACCCUGGGUGAAAGGUUGACUGAAGAAGAAGUUGAUAAGCUAAUGGCUGGUCAGGAAGAUGCCAAUGGUUGUAUCAACUAUGAAGCUUUUGUGAAACAUAUCAUGGCUAACUGAAUACCAGGACAAGACAGGCGCUGAGAACCCCAGAUGCUGGCCUUGGAUUUCGAUGUAUUGGAAUGUCUUCUCAUUUUUCAGCCCAGAUUCCCAUUACAGAGCUACAAAAUGUACCGUCCCUGAAGUUAUUUGGAUAAAUGUUUUUUGUUUUUUUUUUGUCUUGUUUCUUCAUGGAAAGAGGAUGGCCUUUGUGGAGAUUCAAUACACUCAGGAAACUGAAGAAGCAUGGAAUCUGAACCAUGAAUACCUGGGCAUUGUCUUUUAUUCAUUUUUUUUUCUGAUAUGGAAUAUAAACAGCAAUUUUUUAAGAGGGAGGGGAGAAAGGGGAUAGCGAACUUUUGUCACUAAGUCAAUCAAAAAAUGUAUUUGUCACUUAGCUAUACCCUUCUCUCCAUUUCUCUCUUCCUUCCAAAACAACUGGACCUUUCUUUUUGUGUUUAUUGCAUUUGUAAAAAAACAUCUGUAAGAGAGUAAGGGACAAAAGAAACUAAAACAACUGUAUAAAUCUCAUGUGUGCAAGCAAUACUCUUGGCCUUUGGUGAAAAGUGGCAAAAAUAGAAUAUCCAUCAAUCAGCAACAAAUGCAAAAUUCUUCAUAUGUUUCUCAGCUUUGGAAGAUGCCACCUUUAAUAUGUGAGCUGUAAAGGGAAAACAAAACAAAACAAAGAUGUAUGAAAUGUAUGCUAAAAUGGAUCCCUUCUCUGUUCUCCACAAGGAUAUCUUCCCUUUUCAACAGUCUGGCCUAUAAAACAAGUAAAAUGUCUUUCCCAAUACAAACUGGAAAUUUUUCUGAUAUACAUGUGUCGGUCCUGUAGCUUCUUGCAUUAAAACAUGGGAUUCUUUGUC